ACGAAUGCACACUCCGAUCCAACAAAUCCUUCCUUACCUGUAUCAAAAAAAAAAAACCUCCACCACCUCCGCCGUCCACCCCAAACCCCUCGUAAACGGCCCAAUCGUAAUAGCAUGCAACCCAUCAUAUAUCGAUCGCCCACUACUUUUUCUUUAUAGUCGAAUCAUAAAUGCCGACGCCAUUAACCGCCGCUAUUAACCGCCGCUAUUAACCGUCGAGAAAGCCCAGGGGCACUAAAUCCCCCCAGUUUUCACCGUGAAUGAUGAAGCUAACACAGACGUGAUGCGACGUAGGGUCGUAGGGCGCAGGGUAUAAGAUAAAUCUAAGUUUCCCUGCAUCAAUUCAUUUAGGUUUCCUUCCGUGUCGCAUCCCUACCGAGUAACGCGUCCAGCAGCACAAUGGAAGCCUUCAAACUCACACUCCCGAACGGCAAGACCGUCUCCGGGCUCCACAGCAUCCCGCCAUCCACGGCAUCCAACCCGCUCCGCCCGGCAUACCCUCCCCUCAUCGUCGGCCUCCACGGCGGCAGUUACUCCGGCGCCUACUUGGACGUCGACGACACCUACACCGCCCGCCACACCAGCUUCGCCCUUGGCGUGCCCUUCAUCGCCCUCGACCGCCCGGGGUACAACGACACCACUCCCGUUGGCGACGACAUCCCCGCAUCCUCUUCGUUCUACGAAGAAUGGGGCACCACCCUCCAUCGGGACAUCCUCCCGGCGCUCUGGGAUAAAUUCGCCGUGCCGAACGGAUGCACCGCCAUCGCGCUCCACUGUCACUCUCUCGGCGCACCAGGAGCGUGCGUCGCAGCGGCGCUAUGGUCAGAAGAAACGUCCCCCGUCUACCCGCUCGCCGCCGUCACCAUCUCAGGCUUCGGCAACGCAGUCAAAAACUGGCGCACGGGAGACUUCACGCCGGCAGAUGACCCCCCGCCGUCACACGUGUACUUCCCUCACGAAGCAAAGGAGGCGCUCAUGUUCCCGCCCGGCACGGUGGACACUGCGAUGCUGACGCACACGGCGCGCCUGGACCGCCCGAUGCCGUACCGCGAGAUGGCGGACCUGCGCGGGAAGUGGCUUGUUUACUGGGAAGAGAAGUUUGCGGGGCGGAUCACGGCGCCAGUAUUGAUUGGGCUUGCGGGGAGGGACGGGCUGUGGUUGUCGAAGGAGGAGGAUGUGAGGGAGUAUAUUGCGGCGUUUAGGGGGAGUCGGAGGGUGGAGGGGAGCGUGAUUCCUGGGGCGCCGCAUAAUAUUGAGAUGAGUUAUUGGUCUCAGGGGUGGUAUGCGCGUGUGUUUGGUUUUGCUAUGGAGGGGGCGGCGUCUUUGGCGAUUGGGAAUGGUGAUGGGGAGGGUGUUGAGGCUGGGGGGCAUUGAGGCUUGUUUGCUAGAAAGACUGCUUUGAAAGAUGUGAGCCUGGAAUUCUAGAAUCUGUCUAGAGUGUUACAUACAUUGCACCUUCGUACGAAAUGAAUGAGAUGGCUGUCUUGAUCAUGGGCACUUUGGUUCAAUGAAUCUCAUGUGAACUUAUCUCAUUCUAAGGUAAUUCAUAUAUGGUAAUUUUUAUUGGAUAUGGCAG